GACAUGUGCACACACAAGUCUCCAUCUUGGCAACCCUGCCUUUACCAAUGCAAUAGGACAGCUGAAAUAUAUAUUCUGCUCAGGAUAUUAAACUAGAAAAAGAUAAGGGGGAAAAAAAAACAGACGUGAAACGCCGUCGUAAUGAAUGAAGAUCCGCGCUGAUUGAGGCAACGACUAUCAGAAUGCGAUUUAGACGGCGACUUGUUUUGAAGGAUCUUUGAUCGAUUGCACUGUCAGCCCUACCGAAUCGAAUCUGUGGAACAACAACCGUUAAUAUUUUGAAAUGGCUAAGUUGAGUUGCUGUAACAUGAAGGCUCUAAAGGUGAUUUUCUUGUUGCUUAUCAUCUGUGUCUGGAUGGAAGGAGGAUUCACCAAAGAAAAAUCUGCUAAGAAAGGAAAGAAGAAAGGAAAACAGGUUUAUUGUCCUUCGCAGCUGUCAUCAGAGGAUCUGGCACGGGUUCCAGCGAACUCCACCAGCAACAUCCUUAAUAGACUUCUGGUCACCUAUGACCCAAGAAUACGACCCAACUUCAAAGGUAUUCCUGUUGAGGAUCGUGUGAACAUUUUCAUCAACAGCUUUGGGUCCAUCCAAGAGACCACUAUGGACUAUCGUGUCAACAUCUUCUUGAGACAGCGCUGGAAUGACCCCAGACUCCGGCUCCCUCAGGACUACAAGUCGGACUCGCUCACCGUUGACCCGACGAUGUUCAAAUGCCUUUGGAAACCCGAUCUUUUCUUUGCCAACGAAAAGAGUGCUAACUUUCAUGACGUUACUCAGGAGAACAUCCUGCUCUUUAUCUUCAGAAACGGAGAUGUACUCAUCAGCAUGAGGUUGUCCGUCACCCUCUCUUGUCCACUGGACUUGACUCUCUUCCCCAUGGACACCCAGCGAUGCAAAAUGCAGCUUGAGAGCUUCGGCUACACCACAGAUGACCUGCAGUUCAUGUGGCAGUCUGGUGACCCCGUACAGAUGGAAGAGAUUGCUCUUCCUCAGUUCGAUAUUAAACAAGAGGACAUUGAAUAUGGCAACUGCACCAAGUUCUACGCAGGGACAGGCUACUACACGUGUGUGGAGGUGAUUUUUACUCUGAGAAGGCAGGUGGGCUUCUACAUGAUGGGUGUGUACGCUCCCACCCUGCUCAUCGUCGUCCUUUCCUGGCUCUCCUUUUGGAUCAACCCUGACGCCAGCGCUGCCCGUGUGCCUCUGGGGAUACUGUCAGUGCUCUCGCUCUCUUCUGAGUGCACGUCUCUGGCCUCUGAACUGCCCAAAGUCUCCUAUGUAAAAGCGAUUGACAUCUGGCUGAUUGCCUGCCUGCUCUUUGGCUUUGCCUCUCUGGUCGAAUAUGCUGUGGUUCAGGUGAUGCUUAACAGCCCUAAACGACUGGAGGCGGAGAGAGCAAAGAUUGCCAGCAAAGAGAAAGCAGAGGGAAAGACCCCUGCCAAGAACACUAUCAAUGGCCUGGGAAGCACCCCUAUACACGUCAGUACGCUACAGGUGACAGAGACAAGGUGCAAAAAGGUAUGCACCUCCAAGUCAGAUUUGCGCUCCAAUGACUUCAGCAUCGUAGGCUCUCUGCCACGAGACUUUGAACUCUCAAACUUUGACUGCUACGGCAAGCCCAUCGAAGUCGGCGCUGCUUUGGGUAAAUCGCAAGCCAAAAACAACAAGAAGCCGCCACCUCCUAAACCUGUCAUCCCCUCGGCAGCUAAGCGUGUAGAUCUAUAUGCCCGUGCGAUCUUUCCUUUCACCUUCCUAUUCUUUAAUGUUAUUUACUGGUCUGUGUAUUUGUGAUUGUGUAAACCUGCUUUUGUUAACGUUUUUUUUCUCUCUUUCGUAUCGUCUCAGUCCAUAUAAUUUUUUACCUCAGAUAUCAAAUGAAGCAGUUAUGCCAAUGGUGUGCAGAGUGAAUCUUUGGGAAGAAACAGUAUUGCUAAACAGAAGCAAUAUUUUCUAAUAAAAAAGAGCGAAGGAAUUGCUUGAAACAUGUUUGAUUUUCACACUAUAUUUAAUUUAUGCACAAAAAGAGAGAAAUUAUUGUCUUGCAUGUGAAAAAUAUAUGGAUAUUAAUAUAUUUAAAACAUUUAAUAUUAUUUUUAACCUAUAGAUUUAUCAGCUGUUAAGAUGAUGCUGAGACAUUUGUACUGAAAAACACUGCCAUAAGAACUGUCUUUUGAUGAUGUUCCUAUUACAAGCAUUCCAGAAAUAACAAGCACAUGUAUAAAAAACAAAAACAACAUCACCUGUGCUUGUGAAUCAUCCAUCAAUAAACAGCCCAGUGGUUCAGCUGA